AUGAGUGUUCCUAUGAGACUUCAGUUGCUGCCGCUGCUGUUGGGCCUGACCUGGUCGAAGGACUGUGCUGAGCCAGAUCUGGAGCAUUGGCGCAGCCAACUUCGGGACGCUGAUGUGGUCGACUUGUUGGGGCACCUUGAGCAGGGCCAGGAUGAUCUGUGCGUCAUGGAUGCUGCCGCCGGGCGGCUGAAGGUCCUUUGGGAGCAUUCUGUGGUCGGCUUCGAGAAGGCCCCAGGCGAUGGAGUGAUGACUGUGGAGCUCCCCGAAGGCCAAGGCAGCUGCCUUCUGUGCACUCAGCCUGGCAAGCAAGAGGCCUGUUCGGCCUCGGCCGUCGGCACGACAAGUUGCAAGGAGGUCUUGAAGGGCGGGCUUUCGAAGUCCAGAUUCCCCUGGAGUUGGGAUGGCGUCAAGUGCACCAGCUGCAAAGCCGCUCUGGUCACCGUUGCUGGGGGUGCACAGGUGAUUCUCGAUGCCUCAGGGGAGGGUGAAGCUCAAGCUGUGACGCUGCUUAGUACCGCGGCAGUCCUGAAAGCAGCUGCAGCCGCAUCUGGCAAGUCGCUCGGGGAAGCGGCGCUGAGGAACCGAGUAGCCAUGGGUGCAUUGACGUCGCUUGCCGUGGUGAUGUCUGUGGCGCUGAAUAAAGUCGGUGUGCUUCCCAUGUCGCCAGAUGAGGCACAGCCGUGCUUCGUGGACUGGAUGCUGGACAACUUGGAAAUGGUCUUUUUGACUGCAGGCCAGGGCGUCCUUCCGGGGCUUGCCGCGCUGGUCGCUGACUGGAAGUGUUGCUCAUCCGACCGCUACCGGAAAAACUGUGGACGCAACCGCAGAGAUGAUGAUCCUGAACCCCCAUGGACGACGACACCCGAGCCUUCGCAGAUCGUUCAGCGUCUAAGUGAGGCUGUGGAAGCAGGAGAGGCCAUGGCUCAGAACACGCUGAAAGAGUUGGCGAACUUCAGGGCCACACGCGCCUUCGCAGCCGCAGGGGCCUUCGCUUCGCCUGAUUGGAAGCAGUUGGACAGGGUUCACUGGAAGGAGAUCACGGACCAGAAGUUUGGCGCCUUUUGUGCCAAGGAUGCCGCCCCGAAGGUGGCAAACACGGCCCAGCAGAAGAGAACUCAGCAGGAGAACGAGCUAGACUGGCAGGUCUGUUGGUGUGCGCAAUUUUGCCAAACGUGGUUGGCCUCCAGCACUCCUCCCGGCUCUGCCAGGGCAUGCUAUGAAACACUCCAAGGCAGCAACGAAAGAAUCGUGUGUUCCGGCGCAUGGUGGGAGGAGCUGCGCAAGCAACACGGCCAGCCUGUGGAGAAGACGUAUGAGCCACUGAUGUACAAGGCGCCUCCCUAUGGCGGUUUCAAGAUCCAAGCGCCUCCUGGGGUCAAGGUCUUGUUGAGUUUUGGAGGCCGUACGAAGAACUUUUACGACCAACCCUCAGCGAGCGACAUUGGACUGGAACGUGCCAGGCGCCUGAAAGCACUGCUCACGCAGAAGUACGAUACAACCUUGAACCCAAACUUCGUGUACAUUGAUGCCGACGCACUGGACAACAUGGAUGGCAAGUAUACGAAUGCGAAUGGCAGGACGCUCAACGUGUACUGGGAGCAGUACUACAAGGAUGCGAUGCACAACGCUCGACUUAUCAUUUUCCUUGUGGACAAAGCCUGGCUCUUGAGUCGCAAUUGUUUCGAGGAGCUUGCGUGGGCUCAAGGGAAGCAGCUGUGCACCAAGCACAACGAGUGGCCUUACAGGCUUGACAUGUGCGACUAUGAGGAAAGGGAGUUCGAGAGCAAGCCCUUUGUGGAUGCUCCAGCGCCACUUCGCAUCGUUGCUUUCUUGGGUCAGGAGGCCUUAGAGCACAGGGGCGGUGCGGGCAGAACUUGCCCCCAGCAUUCCCUGCAAGGCUAUGGCGACACAAGUGGGCAGUGCAUGUCCAUGGCUGGCUUUGAAGAGAUGCCCUGCGACGAGUUGACUCAUGAUUAUGACAUUCAACUUCAGAAUGUCAUGGACCUUGUAGCGGCGAGGGAAGCAGAGUGGAAUUCAAGAAGACUUACUACGAUCAUCUAG